AGUGUGCGCUGCAGAGGCGCUAGUGAGUUAAGCAUCAUUGGAACACGGCAGAAAUGUCAGGCAUUGUUUAUUUUGCGUGCUUCGGCAGCUCGUUUAAACGCUGAAAAUAUUCGUAUCGUUCACUAUUAACCACCGGAAUACACUAGUUCUGCUUUUCACGGACUCGGUUAAUCAUCGUCAGGCGCUGAAGUCACUGUCAUCCUUUAAGAAAGGUGUGAUAACAUGCUGUUAUUUGUGUAGUGUGAGCCGUACGCGCGUCUCAAGGAGCUCCGGGAGGACUGUGCAUAUAUUUAAAUGAACGUGUUUUAAUAUUUAUCCAUCUGCUCGACACAGUAAGUGUUAUAUUGUGCUGGCAGCUUAUCAUUUUGCAAUAUAUCUCCGUCGCAUCUUCGAGGCGCGUCGCUUCCCUAUUUCGGGAGUGAGCUUUGACGCUUGGAUAAGCUUCAGGACGGCGACUCCAUACUGGACCACGGAUCUAAGAUUUGUUUGAUGUCCUCGUGAGGAAACCGAGCUGAAGAUGUGGGUGAACCCUGAGGAGGUGUUGCUGGCCAGCGCGUUAUGGAUGACAGAGAGAGCGAAUCCAUAUUUCAUCCUGCAGAAGAGAAAGGGCCAUGGAGACGGCGGAGGAGGACUCGCGGGUCUGCUGGUUGGUACCCUUGACGUCGUGCUGGACUCGAGCGCCCGCGUGGCCCCGUACAGGAUCCUCUACCAGACCCCCGAUUCCCUGGUUUACUGGACCAUCGCCCACGGGAGCUCUCGUAAGGAGAUCACGGAGAACUGGGAAUGGCUGGAGCAGAAUCUGCUGCAGACGCUCUCCAUCUUCGAGAAUGAGAAUGACAUCACCACCUUCGUCAAGGGCAAAAUACAGGGUAUUAUAGCCGAAUACAACAAAAGCCAUGAUAUCAGAGAGGAUGACGACACGGAUAAGUUUAAGGAGGCCAUCGCUAAGUUCCGCAAACUCUUCGUCAUGCCGGAGGAGGAGAAGCUGGUGAACUACUACUCCUGCAGCUACUGGAAGGGGAAGGUGCCACGGCAGGGCUGGCUGUACCUCAGCAUCAACCACCUCUGCUUUUACUCAUACCUGCUCGGGAAAGAGGCUAAACUGGUGAUCCGCUGGGCCGACAUCACUCAGCUGGAGAAGAACGCCACGCUGCUGUUGCCGGACAUGGUGCGCGUCAGCACACGCUGCAGCGAGCACGUCUUCUCCGUCUUCCUCAACAUCAACGAGACCUUCAAACUCAUGGAGCAGCUCGCCAACAUAGCCAUGAGACAGCUGCUGGACAACAAGGGCUUCGAGCAGGACCGCUCUCUGCCCAAACUCAAAAAGAAGUCGCCCAAGAAAGUGUCGGCCCUCAAAAGGGACUUGGACGCCAGAGCUAAAAGCGAACGAUACCGGGCACUUUUCCGCCUGCCGAAAGAUGAGAAAUUAGACGGCCACACGGACUGCACACUAUGGACACCUUUCAACAAGAUGCACAUCCUCGGACAGAUGUUCGUCUCCACUAAUUACAUCUGCUUCACCAGUAAAGAAGAGACCAUCUGCAGCCUGAUCAUCCCACUCAGAGAGGUGACCAUAGUUGAGAAAGCCGACAGCUGUAACGUCCUUCCCAGCCCCUUGUCAAUCAGCACCAAAAACAAAAUGACCUUCCUCUUUGCCAACCUCAAAGACCGCGACUUCCUGGUGCAAAGGAUCUCAGACUUCCUGCAGCAGACCACCUCCAAAAUCUACUUUGAGCGGGAAAUCACAGGAAGCCUCAGCAGCUCAGACGACGAGGUGUACUCUCAGCAGGGCAGUGUCUUGUCCUGUAGUCCUCAGCGCAGUGCUUUGAGCUCUGAGGGAGAGAGCGACAGGCAGUUCAAUCUCAAUGAUAACAGGGUUCCCACCGCAACACAGGCCCUGAUGACCAUGUACCGCAGGCGGUCGCCGGAGGAGUUCAACCCCAAACUGGCGAAAGAGUUUCUGAAGGAGCAGGCGUGGAAGAAUCACUUUACUGAAUACGGCCAGGGAGUGUGUAUGUACCGCACGGAGAAAACCAAAGACCUGGUGCUGCAGGGCAUUCCAGAGAACAUGAGAGGAGAGCUCUGGCUCCUGUUUUCUGGGGCGAUUAACGAGAUGGCCACUCAUCCUGGAUAUUAUGAGGAUCUGGUGGAGAAAUCGAUGGGGAAAUAUAAUCUGGCCACAGAGGAGAUCGAGAGAGACCUGCACCGCUCUCUUCCAGAGCAUCCGGCCUUUCAGAAUGAGAUGGGCAUCGCCGCCCUGCGUCGAGUCCUCACUGCGUACGCCUUCCGCAACCCCAACAUCGGCUACUGCCAGGCCAUGAACAUUGUGACCUCCGUCCUGCUGCUGUAUGCUAAAGAGGAAGAGGCCUUCUGGCUGCUGGUGGCCUUAUGUGAGCGCAUGCUUCCAGACUACUACAACACCAGAGUCGUAGGUGCUUUGGUGGACCAGGGUGUGUUCGAGGAGCUUGCUCACGUCUACGUUCCUCAGCUGUACGACUGCAUGCAGGCGCUGGGCGUCAUCUCCACCAUCUCUCUGUCCUGGUUCCUCACGCUCUUCCUGUCCGUCAUGCCCUUUGAGAGCGCCGUGGUUGUGGUCGACUGCUUCUUCUAUGAGGGCAUCAAGGUCAUCUUCCAGCUAGCGCUAUCGGUGCUCGAUGCUAACAUCCAUCAGCUGCUGGGCUGCAAAGAUGACGGAGAGGCCAUGACCAUCCUGGGGAGGUAUCUGGACAGCGUGACCAAUAAGGACAGCACCCUUCCUCCAAUCCCUCAUCUUCACUCUCUCCUGACGGAUAACGGAGAGCCUCAUCCUGAGGUGGACAUCUUCAAACUCGUGCGGAGCUCUUAUGAGAAGUUCGGCUCCAUUCGUGCAGACGUGAUUGAGCAGAUGCGUUUCAAGCAGAGGCUGAGAGUCAUCCAGGCUAUUGAAGACACCACCAAACGCAAUGUGGUGCGGACCAUCGUGACGGAGACGCCCUUCAGCAUCGAUGAGCUGGAGGAUCUGUAUACGCUCUUUAAGGCUGAGCAUCUGACCAGCUGUUACUGGGGCAGCACCAGUAACCCCAUGAGCCGGCACGACCCGAGCCUGCCGUACCUGGAGCAGUACCGUAUCGAUCUGGAGCAGUUCAAAGCGCUGUUUGCACUGCUUUUCUCCUGGGCCUGCGGCACGCACACCGACGACCUUGCCCUGCGCGUCUUCCGUCUGCUGGACCACAAUGCAGACGCGCUCAUAAACUUCAGAGAGUUCAUCACUGGCCUGAGUGUCCUGUGUCACGGCGACCUGACGGAAAAACUCAAAUUUCUGUAUAAAAUUCACAUACUUCCAGAGUUGCACCAAGAGCAGGAGGAGCCCGACUCGGCGUGUGAAGCUACGCAGUAUUUUUUUGAGGACAUCACCCCAGAGACCUCCAGCGGUACUGCUGCAUGCUCACACUUACCAUACAACAUAGGCCUUGACCAAAAGAACAGAGCCGAGAAGGACGAAGGAUUUGUCGGAGUCACCUUUAGAAGUGAAAAAGUUAAGAAAAUGCACACUCCAGAUUACCGAACGUACCUGCGCCUGUGGAACCAGGAGACUAAAGCGAAGUUAGAGAACCUGAAGGAUCUGCCCAAACUCAACCAGAGUCAGUUCAUCGAGCUGUGCAAGACUCUCUACAACAUGUUCAGUGAAGACCCCAACGAGCAGGAGCUGUAUCACGCCACGGCCACGGUCACCAGCCUGCUGCUGGAGAUGGGAGAGGUGGGCAAACUCUUCUGCAGUCCCGCUCACAAGAACCGUCACAACGAGGAGGAGGACGACGAGGAGGACGACCGCGUCCCACCCUGCAGGAGCAAGCAGGAGCGAGCGCGGCGCAAACCUUGCGACGGCGAGACAAACUCCUGCGUCACGGCUCCAUUAGAGGACAUCAAGCUGGAGGACUCGUCGCCCAAAGACAUGGCCACGUCCUCCGCCAUGCACAUCUCCGACGACGAGACCAAAGACGACACGUCCGUGUCCUCCUACUCCGUCCUGAGCGCCGGCUCCCACGAGCUGGACGAUAAGCUUCAGUGCGAGGACAUCGCGGAGGACACCGUGCUCAUACGCAACGGCGCAGCGGGGCAGCACGGGAGAGCCGGUUUACCUCACAGUGCCAGCAUCGAUAAGGACUGGGCCAUCACUUUCGAGCAGUUCCUGGCCUCGGUGCUCACCGAACAAGCCCUGGUGCAGUACUUUGAGAAGCCUGUCGAGAUCGCCGCGCGGAUAACCAACGCCAAGAACGUUCGCAAGGUGGGACACCAACACAUGUCCGUCAGUGACUAUGAGAUCUCACUAUCAGGCUAGCGUGCUAAACUAAAAACUAUUACCUCUGCGUUCAAAACUGUAUUUCGGGGUUAAAGGCGUAGUUGUCCAGAAAUUAAGUUUUGAGCAUCAUUUACUCACUUUUAUGUUCCAAACCUGACUCACUCAAUUUUUUCCAUACAAUAAAAGUGGAUGGUGACCAUCUCUGUCGAGCUAAAAAAUGACACGAAGCACCCUAGAAAUAGUGAGUUUUCUGAAGCCGUAUUCUAGAAAAUAACUUGUUUCUCUCACAAAUCUAAUUUUUGACUUCACACAUUUUUUAAUAACCAUAAUAGCCACUUUUAUGAAGUUUCAUUGUCAUGGAGCUUGAAAUAUUAUAUGCACCGUUUGAUUUUACAUUUUAUACAAGGCAAAAAACCCCUGAUCUAAAUAUCUAAAUAUUCAAUUUUUUUUAGUUUUUUACUCUGUAUGCUAGCAAAUAAUGUCUUAGAUUUUCAGUAUGUUUCUCAAGUCUUUUUGUAAUCAUAUUUAACAUAAAUAUGACAUUUUUUUGUCAUUUUUGGAGCUUGAAAUCUCCAGUCUCAGGAGGUCAGCUUAUAUAAUAUAUGUAAUAUAUAUAAUGUGCACAUGUUUUAUGACAUUUCAUGCAAGGCUUGCAUUUUUUGCAUUACUUGAACAUUUUUAAGACUUGUUUAAAAACACUUUCACCCCCUAGUAAAAUAAUCACUUAAAUGAUGUUUUAUUCAUUUAUGGAGCUUGAAAUCUCCAUUUGCUAUUGUAUGGAAAUGAGCAGCCUGGACAUUCGGCUAAAUAUCUCCUUUUGCAUUCUACCUUAAGUAAUAAACAGGUUUGGAACGACACAAAAGUCAGCAAAUGAUGACAGAACGUUUAUUUUUGGUGAACUGUCCCUUUAACUAAAGCUAAUCUGAUCUCCUCUUAAAUCAGCGUGAAGCUUCAAAGGCUUGAUGUUUGCGUGAGCUCGUUAGGAAACGGACAGUAAUGAGUUUUUCCCGGAGGCUUGUCUUUGAUCUGAUGACAGAGGGACUGUGAUGUGACCAACAGAAUGACCUUUUUACCUGUACAAAGUCUGAGAGGACAUGUUGUAUACUACAAUGCGCUUGAUGUACUUUAUAUACAGAAAUGGUUACUAAUAAUAUCUAAUGCAGUUAGUUUAUCAUAGUAAUUGUGUGUAGAAUAGCUCACUAGUCCUGACUGGACAAAAUCUGUCCUGCACUGUAAAAAAAAAAAAACAUUCUCUUAAUCAGUAUUUUUGUUUUAUGGUCUAAUAAAAGUAUCUAAAAAGAAUAUUAGUUUACUUGAGAAGCAAAACGGUUAAAUUCCUUUUUUUUAUUUUUUUUUUUUUAGUAAAGUUGGGAUAAAAAAUGAUGCUAAAAAUAACAGGGAAAAAAUAGUUCAUUAGUUUAUCAUAUUGUAUUUUCUGAAAUGGCUUUGUGCAAUCUUUUGUGGUGUUGCUUCUCAAGUAUUUUCUCAAGAUUUAGAUAUUUCUACUUUAAAAUAAGACAAAAAUACAGAUUAAGAGAAAGGUUUUGUUUUUUACAGUAUAGAAAAUCAUCUUUAAUGUGAGAGAGUGUUGACAGGGAUAGUGUUAAAAUACGUCCGUGACAUUUAACACAACUAGAUGUCAUCUGGGAUUGUGAAAACAACCUUUUCUGGCAGCCGUGCCGCUGAAUCAUCUGUAAUUUCCCAGAUUUCUCAUUUCUCUCUUCCUCUCUCUCAAUUCUUGCACCUGCACUUUGGGUUUUCUUCUAUUUAUAAUGUGAGGAUGUUCAUAACCUGAAAUAGCGGAUAUGGAUCGGCUGAGAGGCGACGUGGUCCAGCCGUGUUUAAUAUCUUAUUUAUAGUGUGUCCUGAAGACUAUGAUUGUGUACAGUUUUUAAUUUGACCGUGUUCUCACCAGGCAUGUGGCAUGUCUGUGCACCUUCUCGUAAAUUAUUGUUUGAUUGUUUUUUUUAAAUAGACCAGUUUCUACUUUAUUUCAUGCUGCUGUUUUUACGUUUACGUUUUAAUGUGAAUGGUUCAAAUCCACCUGUAAAUGACUCAGAUCACUUCCAGGAAUUAAAAGUUUAAAAGGAAAUAUCUUGUCCUGUUAUUAAAACUCUUCACUUCUGUUUUAUUUGUUGUCAAUAUGUAUAUUGCAGUACUUUUGCUUUUUGGAUUUCUAAAGUAAAUGGUACAAAAAGAUGUGUAAAACUAUUAAAAGUGAAAGGAUCCUCAGAAAUGGGGGCUUCUUUCUUUUCAGGUCAACCUAAAUAUUACAAAUACUAUGUUUUAUUUGACAUUUUAUGGAAUUUUUGCAACACCUAUACAUGCUGAAACACCUUCGGUGACCUUUAAUGUCGAAUUAAAUAAUGUUUAAAGUUAAAUCCUUAAUUUUAAUAAGCAAAAAUGAAACAGAAUGGAUAACAUGGAUGCAGAUUUAGCCAAAAU